AUGGAUCAGCACAAUAAGAAUGAGUACAAAGGAAAUGAACCACAAGACACUUUCAGUCAAGCAUAUAACAAUGACAAUAAUACCAAUGCAUUACUAUCAAAUGAACUAAAAUUUGAAAAUUAUACUUCUAAAGUAGAAUCACAAUUUAGUGAUCCAAGUUAUUAUAAUUAUACUUCAUAUGACAAUUCAUUUAAUAGAUAUGGACCGUUUAACAGUACACCCAAUCUCAGUUCAUAUAACGUAAAUUAUAUGAACUAUACCGAUACAAAGAGUCAGUAUAGAAGAGAAGGGGAAAUUAAAAGGGAUGAUUUAAUGAAAACAUAUGUUGAGAUCAGAAGGGAGAAGAAUAGGGAAGCAGCUAAAAGGCACAGAGAAAAAAAGGCAAUUUAUUUAAAAGAGAUGGAAGAAAGAACAAGACUAUUACAUCAUUAUAAUAAUGAUCUUAGGGUGGCGGUUGAAUCUUAUGAUAUUUUACUAUAUGCUUUAAUUCCUUUUAUUGAUGAUUCUAUUGAUAACAGUGAUAGUGAUAAAAUGAAAAGAAGUUUAACAAAUCUUAAUAUUCAUUUUAAUGAAAUACUCAAUGUUAGAGAUUAUUUCAUUCCUAACACUGAUAGAGCAUUGGGACAAGAAAGUAGAAUCAAUAAUGAGGAUAUUGAAAAGAUUUUUUCAAAAAUUUUAAAGAAGUAA